UCCACCAGCAAGCCUGCCCCAGAGCUUUUGAACGAAUACUCUCGCAAAGUGGACUUUCUGAAGGGGCUUUUGGAAGCUGAAAAGUUGUCUUCAUCAACUGAAAAGGCUCUGGCAAAUCAGUUCUUGGCCCCUGGACGUACCCCUACAACAACCAAAGAGAGAACCCCAGCUACUAAAACAGUUCAUCUGCAGACAAAGGCUCGUUGCACGGGCAAGAUGAGGAGUGAGCUGCUUGGUACAGACCCCUUGGCUAUCGAUG